AUGCACGGCUGGUACACGGACACGACGAACAAUCAGUACAAGAUGGCACCAAAGCCAGGUCUGAACCUGGAAUACGCGCCUAGCCGAGGAAACGGUAGCGUCUCCGGGAUCCCCGUCGCCGACGCCAUCCCCAACUACGGCGUCACGGACGGGUCCAAGAUCGACGUGGUGAUCGUCGAGAGCGACAUGCGCAACUCGCUCGUGCGCAACAACUUUGAGAAGUCGUCGAUGGAUAGCAAGAUUGCGAUGGGCUACUCAGGACUGGGGGUCGCCAUAGGCACUGGGACGAGCUCCGACGCCCAGAACAGCCAGUCCUCCGAACGGAACAGGUCCACGAAGAGGAUGAUUGGGAAAUACAUGGUGGGUAACUAUCCCAUUACAUCCCGAGGCUCUGAGACUCUUUGA